GAUGGCAAAAAAAAAAAAAAAAAAAAGGUUCAUGGUAGACCCAUAACGCUGGAAGCAACCCAGGUGUCCAUCAGCUGAUGAAUGGACAGAAUGUGGUCCAUCCUUUCAGUGGGAUGUGAUUCAGCCAGAGAAAGAACGAUAGCGCUGACACACUGAGACGUAAAUGAGCCCUGAACCUGUUGUGCUGCAUGAAAGAGGCUAGUUGCAAAAGGCCACUUACCUGAAACGUGGGGAAGAGGUGAAUCCACAGAGACAGAAGGUAGAUUCGUGGUUACCAGGGGCUGGGGGAGGGGAGAAGAGGGAGCGACGGCUCAGGGUUACGAAUUCUUUUUGGGGCGAAGAGUAGGCUCCAAGUUGAUUAUGGUGGUGAUGGUUCAACUUUGUGACUCUACUGGAAACCAGCGUAUUAGAGAAGCUAAGCGGCCCGAAUCCAAAGGCGUGGGAAUUGCUUCUCAGCGAAGACCUUCCUUCAGAGGCGGGACUGAGGUUUCCCUGUUAGGGACCAGAGGCUUGGGGCCGGAGGGGCCUGAGGCCACAUGCCACGAGGCCCCGCCCGGUUCCUCCUCACCCCCACCCCUGUCCCAACACUGCCCUCUGAGGGUUUCCUCACCCCCGGGGACGCUGUCCUGCUGCUCCUCGCCUAACCAUCUCCUCCAGAAAGCCUUCCGCAGCCUCUCCUCUCUCCCAUCCUUCCCCUGGGCGACCUUUACUAGUGCCUGUCGGCUCUGGGGUGCCCUGGUGGACAAACAGCCAAGGCUGCCAUCUGGGAUGUCCCUGGAUUUGCACCCACCCCUCACCAGAGAGCCAUCUGGCAGGUGGAGAGAGGGGCAACUGCCCAGCCCCAAGCCGACUUCUGUCCUCGACCUCCUCCCCCGGCCCCAGCACAUUGGGUAUCCUGCCGUUCUUGAUAAAAGCUUCCUGGAAAGUCUGCAAGCAGGUGUGUCUGUGGGUGCAGGUCGUCGGGGGCGGGCGCUAAGGAAAAGGCAUGCCCAGCAGGGAGAAGAGCAUGAGCAAAGCCUAGGAGGCAGAAACAACCGUGCCUGUGCUGGGGCAGCGAGAUGGAGGGGCCACCAGGGUUCAGUGCUGGAAUUUGGAGGCCCAAGUGGUGGCUGCUAAGGCUGUGGGUGGGUGCUGCAGGUGGAGUAGGUGGCUCUAGGAGAACCAACCUGUCUGGAACAAAUCUUGCUUUAAGCUAGACCAGAAGAAGAACUUCCUGUGAUCCUGCGUGUGCCAGCAUGCAGCCCAGACAGUGAUGUGCCAACACCCCGUGACAGGGCUCCUGGCUGAGUCUUGCCCUGACAAGCAGGUGCAGGCUUGGCAUCUGGGAACUGGGCUGGGCCCCCGGUCAGGGGUCCUCACCCCACUGGCUCUGAAGAGCCCCCUUCCUGCCAGGGCUGCCUCUGGGCGGGAGUUCUGGAAAUGUCUGUGGGUCAUGGAGGCCCCUGCCCUUGGGAAGUGCUCUGGAUCAGCCUGAGUUCCAGAUCCCUUUAGGCUCAGGGAUAGCGCAUUAACCAGCCAAAGCCAGGGCAGUGGUCUCAGGGCAUUGGCUGGAGGAAGGCUAGGCUCUUUGGGGAGCUGGGGCCCAGCUCCAGAAACUGUGAAUCCAGGAAGGUUGGGGUAGAGGCAGAGGGAGGACACACGUUCCUUCCCGUCUCAGCCUAGGACUGGGGCUCCCCCCUCUCCCAGCCGGCUCUCCUCUGCCUUCCUUGUGCUGUGCUGGGGGUUCAGUCAACCUCGGGGUGCAUACAACUCCUGCAGAGUGUCCACUGCCCAGCAGGUCUUGGUACUGUGCGUGGCUUCUGGGUUUCCCUGCCCCUCAGAGGAAGCUCCUAGGUCAGGACCCAGGCUCUUCCUUCGAGUUUCCCAGCACAGGUCUCCUGAAUCCUUCUCAUCUCCCAUAGGAGCCACUUUGCCAGAGUCAGAGAUUGGUCCCUGACAUCCGGGGGACCCACGAGGCUGCACAGACAGCCAGUAUGACAUGGUAGGAAGGGUCAGGAGACUGAAGUCCGAUGUCACUGGGCCCUUGUCGACAAGGCCUGUCCUCUCCGAGCCUGUCUCUCAGACGUCAAUCACGCCUGGCUAGCCCUCUCCAGUCCUCAGGCCCGUGGUCCUGAUGAAUGGCAGUGGCAAGCCCACUGGCAGCAAGGCGCGCCUCAUUCCCGCCGGAGAAUUUCCCUGACCUUCCGGCAACAUCUCUGCUCACUGGGGCUGGGGUCAACGCUCCCCCUCGGCCCACGUGCUCUGCAUGUGAACCUGCCACGCCGCCCUUGUCUGGGAGGGACGGCGAUGUGCCGUCUAAGAUCUGGUCCUUUGGCCAGCGGUGCGGUCCUGUCACCGUUCUGCGUCCCGACCCGCCGCUGCCGUAUCCUGGCGCGCAAGGCUGAAGACGUUGGAGCAGAGAUGGCUGGGGCUUAGGGUCUCUGAGCAGGCUCCGCGGGCUAGUCCCUGAGGCUCGGAGUCACGCAGCGACGCCCUUGGGUGUCGGCGUGUCCUGAGCGGAGCAGAGGUCCAAGCGGGGCGGGGCCUCUGGGCGGGGUGGAGCAUCCCGCUCCCGGUCCCGCCCCGCGCCCGUUUCCAGGCGGCGAGGAGGUGGGGCUCAGAGCAGAAGCCCGGCGCCCGCGGGCUGAGCGCGGCGCAGGUCGGGAUGCGUGGCCCCCUGCAGCCCCCGCUCCCGAGCCUGGGCACCGUUCGGCCCCAUGGCAGGUAGCGGCGGCCCGGGCGGCGGGGCCGGGAGCAGCCAGGGCGCGGGGGGCGGGCCCGGGGCCGCGCUUCGGGCGCCCGGUGCGCCCCUGCUGUUCGCCGCGUUGGUGCUCGGAGCCUACUGCCUCUGUGCCUUCCCAGGACGCUGCCCGCUGGCCGGCCGCGUCCCUGAGCCAACCCCCGCGCCUACCGAGCCGCCCACCUUCGCCCGCAGCCCCGGGGCGCCGAGUCUGCCCGUGGCCAGCGGCUCGGGCCGCCGGCGCUUCCCCCAGGCGCUCAUCGUGGGCGUGAAGAAGGGCGGCACGCGCGCCCUGCUGGAGUUUCUGCGACUGCACCCUGAUGUCCGCGCCCUCGGCUCGGAGCCCCACUUCUUCGACAGGUGCUACGAGCGCGGCCUCGCCUGGUACCGGAGCCUGAUGCCCCGCAGCCUGGACGGGCAGAUCACCAUGGAGAAGACGCCCAGCUACUUCAUCACCCGGGAGGCCCCGCGCCGCAUCCACGCCAUGUCCCCGGACACCAAGCUGAUCGUGGUGGUGCGGAACCCGGUGACCCGGGCCAUCUCCGACUACGCCCAGACGCUCUCCAAGACGCCGGGCCUGCCCAGCUUCCGCGCGCUGGCCUUUCGCCGCGGCCUGGGCCCCGUGGACACGGCCUGGAGCGCCGUGCGCAUCGGCCUGUACGCGCAGCACCUGGCGCGCUGGCUGCGCUACUUCCCUCUGUCCCGCUUCCUCUUCGUCAGCGGCGAGCGGCUGGUCAGCGACCCAGCCGGGGAGCUGGGCCGCGUGCAGGACUUCCUGGGCCUCAAGCGGGUCGUCUCGGACAAGCACUUCUACUUCAACGCCACCAAGGGCUUCCCCUGCCUCAAGAAGGCCCAGGGCAGCGGCCGCCCGCGCUGCCUGGGCAAGUCCAAGGGCCGGCCGCACCCGCGCGUGCCCGAGGCCGUGGUCCAGCGCCUGCGCGCCUUCUAUCGGCCCUUCAACCUCAAGUUCUACCAGAUGACUGGCCAGGACUUUGGUUGGGACUGACGAGGCUGGGAGCCGGUGCCCCCCCGCCCCGGACCCUCAGGACGCUUCACUUACGCCUGCAACCCGGCCAUGCGCUGCCCAGCGAAAUCGCGACCAAAUAAAUGUCAGAUCUGUGUUCUUCCA